GCCACGUUUCCUGUUUCGUAACUCUUCAACGUGCGUUACCAAACAAACAUUUAGCACGAGAAAGGAAGCAUCUUUUCUGUUGGACGGAAUUAAUAAAACAAUUGAGUCAUGGCUCACAGGUGCAUCCACUGGUUCCGUAAAGGGCUGCGUCUGCACGACAACCCGGCAUUGAUGGCAUCUCUGAAGGACUGCAAGGAGCUCUACCCGGUGUUCGUCCUUGACCCACACCUCUUUGACAAUACAAGGGUGGGCAUCAACCGCUGGAGGUUCCUCCUGGGGGCGCUCAAAGACUUGGACUGCAGCCUCAGACAGCUUAACUCUAGGCUGUUUGUUGUGAGAGGCAAACCAGAGGACAUUUUCCCUAAGCUUUUCACCAAGUGGAAAAUAACUAAGCUGACAUAUGAAUAUGACACAGAGCCGUACAGUGUGUCCCGCGACCAAAAGGUGACAGCUCUUGCCAAAGAACACAAAGUGGAGGUUGUCUACAAAGUGUCCCACACGCUUUAUGACAUAGACAGAAUAAUAGAGGAGAAUAACGGGAAAGCCCCCCUCACAUACAACCGCAUGCAGACAUUAGUGAAGACCAUCGGGCACCCAAAGAGACCAAUCCUCGCUCCCACUGAAGAGGACAUGAAUGGUGUGAAGACCCCUUAUUCAGAGGAUGAUGAAAACCAAUACAGCAUCCCGUCUGUGGGUGAGCUCGGUCAUGACUUAUCGAAACUUGGAGAGGAGCCUUUCCCAGGAGGAGAACAAGAAGCGUUGAGGCGACUGGAGGAAAAUAUGAAAAAAACUGGAUGGGUGUGCAGUUUUGAGAAACCUCAGACAUCUCCCAACUCUUUGAGCCCAAGCACCACGGUCCUUAGCCCCUACGUCACCUUUGGGUGCUUGUCGGCACGCACCUUCUGGUGGAGGCUGACCGAAGUUUACAAAGGAAAAAAACAUUCCGAUCCACCAGUGUCUCUACAUGGACAGUUACUGUGGCGAGAGUUCUUCUACACAGCCAGUGUGGGAGUCCCCAACUUUAACAAAAUGGAGGGCAACCCUGUAUGCACUCAGGUGGACUGGGACACAAACAAUGAAUACCUAACUGCAUGGCGAGAGGCACGAACCGGUUUCCCCUUCAUUGACGCUAUCAUGACGCAACUAAGACAAGAAGGAUGGAUUCAUCAUCUUGCUAGGCACGCUGUAGCCUGCUUCCUCACCAGAGGAGACCUGUGGAUCAGCUGGGAGGAAGGUCAAAAGGUAUUUGAGGAGUUGCUGUUGGAUGGCGACUGGGCCCUCAAUGCAGGCAACUGGCAGUGGCUCUCUGCUAGUACCUUUUUCCACCAGUAUUUCAGGGUUUACUCUCCUGUGGCGUUUGGCAAAAAGACGGACAAAAACGGCGACUACAUCAAGAAAUACCUUCCCAUCCUGAAGAAGUUUCCCUCUCAGUACAUCUACGAACCUUGGAAAGCACCAGGCAGUGUGCAAAAAGCAGCAGGAUGCAUUGUGGGUAAAGAUUAUCCCCGUCCCAUAGUGGAGCACGAAGUUAUCAGUAAGAAGAACAUACAGAGGAUGAAGUUGGCAUACGCCAAGAGGUCUGGCAACACCGAUGAAUCACCUAGCAAGAAGCAAGGUGUGAAACGCACGGCGCCCUCUGUUGUCGAAAUGUUGAAGAAGAAAGAAAAGAAAUGAGUCAAGCUAAUACAGUUCUACAUUUUUGCCUAUUUUUUAUGGUUAACUAUUGUUUGGCUAGGUUGUUUAAUUGCAUGUUUUAAAUUUUUAAAUGAUGCCUCUUCGCCACAGCUUGGAAUAGCAAGUAAAAAGGUGCUUUGAUACUGCACAGUGAGAGUGUUACAUUUGCUUAAAUUCUUCCCAUACUGUAAUGUUUUUAUUGAUAUUUGUAUUAAAAUCACUUGCGUAUUUCUACCAUGUUACUUAAGGUAAUGGAAGUGAUCAUUUUAUUCUGCUCAAUUUAUUUAUUUGAAACCUUCUCCAAGUACCUCUAGAGAACGCAGUA